AUGUUCGCCCUUCCUCCAGAAACCACCAUUCCAUCGCGGCCCGGCUCUAUCCGCAGCGCCACCACCACCUCGACCGCCGACGGUCCCUCUCGAAAGCGAUCCUCGCGCCCCAAGACGAUUUACAGCCUCGCCCACCCGCCUCCCCGCGUCGGGCCUCUGCACCUGCGUCCCCGCGUCCUGCUGCAGCUGCACCAGUCGUCCGCCCAUUCCCGUCCGAAACCCGCUUACGAAGCUCUCCCCUCGACCACCUUUGCCCCGAGGCUGAAGCGAAAGUUUCACCGUGUUUUCAGACACCAGGAACGCCUCGGGCCCGACGACGUCGUCAUCGCCAAGGCCGGCCAAUAUGACCUGGAGGAGCCCGAGGAGAGCGACGAUGACCUGGAGUCUAGAGAAGUUGUUGGGGUUGUGUGCGCGAACCUGAAGGAGGAAAAGACGGAAGUGUGCAUGGACGACGACUCGGUCUGGUAUGUGACACACAUGCCCAACGGCGGCUACGAAUUCGUUGCGACCGACGAGCAUGGAUUGCAGACCAAGGCACGAUGGGUGCCAAGGCUGCAGGUCAAUAGACGCGUAUCGGCCAACUUUGCGCAGAACGGUGGCCAGAAGACGUCAGCACCAACCGAGGACCGCAAGUUCAACUUCAGCACCAUCACCCCUGGAAGCCGCCGGCACCCUGUUAUUGCUUCGAUGACGCGCGCCAGCAUCGACGUCUGGGACAAAUAUAUCAUGCCCUCGCCAAGCCUCUACUCGCCUCUGCCCUCGCCCGCCGGCAGCGAGAACGGUGACGCAUCCGACGAUGCCAAGCCAACGCCGACGAUGACGACGGACGAGCAGCUCCGGAAGCUCAUCAUUGUCACG